AUGUCGUCGUCGUCGAAGAAGAUCACCUUCAAGAGCUCGGAUGACGAGUCGUUCAAGGUCGAGGAGGCGAUGGCACUGGAGUCGCAGACCAUCAAGCACAUGAUCGAGGAUGAUUGCGUCGACAACAGCAUGUCGACGCCACCAAGCCCGAUGAGAAGAUCUCCGAGGACGAUCUCAAGGGCUGGGAUCAAACUUUGGUUUGAUUCUAGGGGACUAGUGCUGCAACAUCCGUCGCCACUGCACGAAGCGACUGCUGAAAACCACGACGAGGAAACUCGGCAAGAAGAUGAUUGCGACAAGGAUGUCUGGGAAGAAGGUGGUGGUCCGGUUCCUAACGAUCCAGAGAGUUGA